AUUUCUCAAUCACGACACCGUUUCUCAAUCACAUCAACUCGUGCUUUGGACAAGUCGUAAGUCCAGGAGUUUCCAUAAAAUCCUUGUAGUCAUUGAAUGCAACGAGAUGGGGAGAAAGAAAGGGGCAACGUCAAGUCUUGGAAAGGGUAUCUUAAAAGACAGAUCGAAGAGUUCUAAAUCGAGUAGAGUUAACGAUUCUUGGCUUCACACAAGUGAGCUUAACGAUGGGUAUGACUGGAACAGGAUCAAUCUGAGAUCUGUCACGGAGCAGAGCAAUCUAGAGGAUUUCUUGGAGACUGCAGAGCUUGCUGGAACAGAAUUCACAGCAGAGAGACUGAAUGUGAAGGUAAUUGAUCCAGGCCAGCACACAGGUUUACCAUCAGCAACAGAGAGUAUUGAGAUCAGCAAAGCCCAGAGAGAGAACCUUGCUUUUUUACAGAUUCCUAGAAGACCAAAAUGGGAUUCCACAACAUCGGCAGAGCAACUCAACCAGAUGGAGAAAGAAGCAUUCUUGGAAUGGAGGAGACAACUCUCAUUACUGCAGGAGAAGGAUCAUAUUGUCCUGACUCCGUUCGAAAGAAAUCUUGAUUUUUGGAGGCAGCUAUGGAGAGUGAUUGAGAGGAGUGAUGUGAUCGUCCAGAUUGUGGAUGCCAGGAAUCCUCUUCUCUUCCGUUGUCUUGACUUGGAGAAAUAUGUGAAAGAAGUCAGUAGCGAUAAGGAGAAUAUAAUAUUGAUCAGCAAAGCAGAUCUAUUGACUCAAGCACAGAGAGAGAAGUGGGGCGAGUAUUUCUCCCAACAGGGUAUCCGGGUAGCUUUCUGGUCUGCGGUCAGAGAGACAGAAAGAAUAGAAGAAAAGGAAGGAAAAGAGGAUGAACCAGCGAUGGCUAGUGAUGAGGAUACUGAUGACUCAGAGGACGAAGAGGGUGAGGAAGAUGUUGAUGAUGAUGCUGAUGCUGAAGAAGAAGAUGAAGGAGCACAAAGACUUUCCCCUGAUAAUAAUCUGCCCAGUAGCUUGGAAGGCAUGGUCGUAUCAUCACCCGUUAAUGCAGGAGAUCCCUCCAAUACGAACGAGUCCUGCAACUCACUAGCAGAUCGAGGACAGAUUUCUGGAGCCAUGCUCCGCACAACCGAACCAACAAGGAACAUUCAGACAAAUGAACAGGACUCGAGGACAGGGGGUGAGUCUUUGUGCAAUGGAUCAAAUGCGGUGCCUUCAAGAACUGACAUGGAUGCUCUCUCAUCACCAAGAUGCGAUGAUGAUGUGGACAAUGAUGUCGAUGAUGUUGUCGACUCGCAUGGUGAUAACCUUUCAAGGACUACCCAUGUUACAUCAGGAGGAGCAGGGGAUGGUGUUGCAAUGGAGACAUCUUGUGCACCAUCUCCUCCUGAAGGAGAGAUUCAGAAUUCAUCACACCUGUUGACUGGGGAGGAGCUUCUUGGGUUCUUCCGUGAGGUUCACAUGGGAAGGUCAAAGGUCAAUGCCGACAUUCUGACCGUGGGCAUGGUUGGAUACCCCAACGUUGGUAAGAGUUCUACCAUCAACGCCCUACUCAGGGAGAAGAAGGUACCUGUCUCUGCAACUCCAGGAAGAACAAAACACUUUCAGACGUUGUUUGUAGAGCCGACACUCUGCCUGUGUGACUGCCCUGGACUGGUGAUGCCAUCUUUUGUGUCUACCAAAGCUGAUAUGUAUCUCAACGGCAUACUACCGAUAGAUCAGAUGAGGGACUUCACUCCACCGGUCUCUCUGAUGUGCCAGCGAGUGCCGAGAGAUGUUUUAGAACUGACCUAUGGAAUAAAUCUGAUUAAGCCAGGAGAAGGAGAGGAUCAAGAUAGACCACCAACAGCCCUAGAGCUCCUGAAUGCUCAUGCCUAUGUGCGUGGCUUCAUGACGCAGAAAGGAGUCCCCGACAGCUUCAGAUCUGCUAGAAUCGUUCUAAAGGACUAUGUCAAUGGCAAGAUUUUAUACAGCAUUCCUCCUCCUGGACUAACCCCUGAUGAGUUUGGGUCAAUGCACUAUCCAUCCUUAGAGGUUGGUGAGGUCAAAGCAGGGUCACGACCCAAGAAAUCGGCCAACAAACCAAUGAUCACUGCAGGAGGACAAACGGUCAAGAAGUCUGCUGCCAAGAAAGUAGACGAAAGCUUUUUUGCCAAACCCCAAGUUGCACACACCAAGGCAUCGGCUCCGAGGGUGGGUGUGGUUGGAGGUGUGUCUGGGGGCAUGGCUGGAGGCGUGCCUGGGGUUGGCUACCUGGGGAAACCCUGGAAGAAGCAAAAGCGAGGCAAGAAGGAGAAACUGAGGAAAGUGUAUGGCCAUCUGGAUGAGAAAUAGAUCAUGUGAACUUAUUGAGGAAACAAGAUCAUGGACAAUAUUUGAUAGUAAUGAUAAAUUUUAUGAACAUGACCUAUGAUCAGGGACCUGUUGUAGAAAGAGUUUCGUUUAAACGCAAGUCAAAAUACCAAGCACAAGUCCCGAAUACGGGGGCUUCAUUGGCUGAAAAUAAAGUUGCGCAAGAUUUUUUGAGUUGCGUUUGAUCGCAACUAUUUCGGCAAUGGGCCCUUGGAGGCCGCAAGUGAACUGAAGUAAUAUGAUUAUCUUGGGAGCAUUUCAUGAAAAGUUUUGUCAGUGAUAUUCACCGACUAAUUUGCUCUCAGCCAAUCAGAUACAAGGAUUUCAGUAGCUUAUAACAAUAGUCGGUGAAAAUCACUGAUGCUUUGUUUCAUGAAAUGCUCCCCAUAUCUUUUAUCCAGAGAAAGCCAGAAGAAAAUAUUCAGGUACAUGACUAAUAUAAGGAAAUAAUGCUUGAUCAUCUCGGUUAAUUUUAUAAUCAAGGUCCCGAUGGCUUUGGCGGGAUAAAGUGCACCUAUAAAAGAAAUGAAAUAUAACUUUAUUUCUCGCCUUGAGAUGAAGCAAUAGCUUAGCACUAUAUCUGGGUGGGGACAAGAAGUAAUUUAAGUUAAAAUCAAAUAAUAUCAAAUAUGGUGGUUUGCACCGAUUGGGAUGAUAUCGUUACAUAGUAGACCAAUAAAUUCAAGCAAGAAAAUUGAGAAAUUACAAAUUGUCUCUCCACAGUUCGAUUUCGUAACUUUCCAUAUAAGGAAUAGAAGUCAUUGGAAAUCUCUAUUAUAAUUUUCAAAGGCAUGACGGGUGCCCAAGAGAUCACGAUUGAAGUGAAUUGUUAUAUUAAACCAUGGAACAACCAGGAAAAUGGUUAGUAUUCACUUUAUCAGCAAGCAUUGGUCUUUUUUUCUCAAAUGGUCUCAUUUUAGCUCAACCAAUUUGGUCUAAUUGCUCUUUGGUCAACAAUACACGAUCAAGUACCCACUUUUUUAAUUCUCAUUUCGUGUAAUAUCUAGUGGUUUGAUAUUCUAAUAUUCAGCACUUUUCAAAUUGAUAUUUUAUGUAUAAACAGUUCAUCUUACUAUAUACAUCAAAUAGUGUUAGACCAUGUUGAAAAGUGAAAUGGGAAAAUGAAUAUCAUCUGUUCUUUUCUCAUGGGAAACCCUCAGGAUGUUUCUUUAAUGUGACGCCAUGGACAUUCUUGUGGUUUGAUCAUGAAAAUAAAAAGUACAUUUGAUAUCAUACUACUGGAACAAAUUGUCUGCUAUAUCUUCUUUUAUAUGUAUAUGAAUAUUCAUGAGUAUUCUAAAUAAACAAUUGGUCAAUUCAUGAUCAUGUGACAAAGUACGAUUUCAAUAGGAAAACACAUCGCCGCAAAUAGUUCUGUUUAUUUUUUAUAUACUUUCAUGGGGAGAACUGCAAAUGCUCCUUGACUUGAUCUGAUCCAGAUCCGUACCGUUACUUGCGCAAGUAAAUAAAUAUAACAAAAUACAAGGUUUCGCUCAAAUUACUUACCGACAACCUGAAAAAUCUGUGGAUUUGGGUUUAGAUUAUAUAGUAAUUGCCAGUCCAACCUCGCAUAAAUAAUUCCCACUGUACUUUCUCAAAGCCUGAUAUAUUUGUAUAAUAUAUUGUAUGUGAUUUAAUAAUCUACUCGUAUAUUAAAUUUUGA